AUAUUUCGAGUUAUCUCUUACUGGGAAGACUAUUUUUGCUUUGGAAAAACCCUGGAAUUUACGUUGGUUUAACGCCGACUAAUUAUAAUAUUGUUUAUACAUAUGAUCUCAAUAUUGCUUAUAAUAAAUAGAUUGAUGCAUGAUGUAGUCCAGUUAUUGACUGCAAACAAUACCAGCCGCAACAUGGAUAAGUUUUUAAUGCUGAUUAUUUUUUCAGUUGUGUUGGCAAGGGACAAUGCCUUUGCAGAUCGGCUACCGUUUGGACUCAGACACAAUGCUCGGAGGUCCAUCGAUAAAUCCUCGAUGAAUUUACUAAAGGAUGUGUACGAGGCAAGUAAUGACAAGAAUGUGGUAACGUCUCCUCUUGGUGUAUUCGUGUUGCUGUCUUUGUUCUCUACGGUGACCAACGGCACCACGAGACAGGAAAUCGAGAACGUUCUGGGAUUUCACGAUUACAGUCAGUUGACGGAUUCAUUUGAAUAUUUAAGCGAGAGUUAUUCCUCAAUGGACCCUAACUUAUUGACGUUCGCCAACAAGGUCUGCAUCUCCGAUACUUACCAGCUGGAGAAGGAGUUCGUAAACCUCGCGACGCGGCAGUACCACAGCGAGGUGACGUCCAUCGACUUACAGAAUCCAGAAGCAGCCGCGGAUGUUGUUAAUCAAUGGGCUUUUAGUAAAAGUGGUGGAAACAUAAAGGAUCCAGUGUCAGCGGAGACGUUCACUCCUGGUAUUGUGGCUUUGCUCAUCAAUAUCAUCUAUUUCCAGGGAAAAUGGAAGUAUCCAUUUAAUGUAGACGAGACAACAGAGCAAACAUUCCAUAUCAGCGCAACAGAAACCGUCAUGAAACCCACCAUGCAGCUCUCACAGAAAUUGUUCCACGGUUACAAUCGUUUCUUACAAGCUAAAAUGAUACAUCUGCCGUACAAUGAAACGGACUUUUCAAUGAUAAUAGUAGUUCCAGAUGAAAUACACGGAGUUCCGAGGUUGUUAGAUUUAUUUAGAAAUGAAGGUAUACUAAGAUUCACCUCUAAACUAUACAUGUCGUACAAAAAGGUGCAUUUAGAGAUGCCGAAGUUUGAAGUUACAACAAGGUUAAACGUGAAAGAUAUUUUGGUAAAGGAAGGUGUACAUGGAAUCUUUAGUAAGUACACUUCAGGAGUUGUUAAAGGCGAGGGGGUGAAGGUCUCGGAUGCGUUCCAGCAGGCCUGUAUCAAGGUGGACGAGGCGGGAACGGAGGCAGCUGCUUUUACUGAAUUUGGAAUUCAAUUAAGAUGUUACAUGCCAGAGGAAGAGCCCGUGUUGUUCAAAGUUGACCGGCCAUUUGUAUACGCGAUAUUACAUAAAGAUAUUGUUUUAUUUACUGGUACAUAUUCGCAUUGAUUGGCGAGACAUUCAUCAUCAACCUGCCCUUAUCCCUAUCGAGGGUCGGCACAAUAUGUACUACUCCUCCAUACAUC